CGUACCUUGAUGGCGCGUCUCCCCUUCUUCCCCGCCCCGAGCGAGGAUCCCCCGCCACAGCCCGGAAACCCAUGCUCUUUUUUCCACAGACCCUUCUUUUCACGCCACGACAGCACCGACACCACUGAGGUACGAUCUCAAGAUUACGAAGGCCGAAGGGGCACCACUCACCGCCGAUAUCACACCGCGUCCGACUCCCCGGACACCGCCAAUCACGAACUCAACUAACUGAGAAGGACGAUGCUUUCUAUUUGCAUGCGGGUGUGAGAGAAUUACGUUUUUUCGCCGCGAGGAGUGCGCUGGAAAACAGCCGGGACGCGCGCUAAGGCACUGAGCUGUACGAAACCCUGACAACCUUGGAGCCAGUUUACACUCUGAGCCUUGACUCCCACGAACGCCGAACAAUUCGAGCCAUUUCCACCUUCGACUGAUAUUACUAUUCCGAGAAAUGGGCAUACCCGGUCUCUUCCCCUUUUUGAAGGAUAUUCAGAGACAUGUACAUAUAAGCAAGUUCAAAGGUCAAACCGUCGCUGUCGACUCGUAUGUGUGGCUUCAUCGAGGGGCCUUCUCCUGUGCGGUGGAGCUUGGACUGGGAACGCCGACAGCCAAAUACCUGAGCUACUGUAUGAAGAUGGUAUCGAUGCUGAUCAGCAACGGCGUCAAGCCUCUGAUGGUGUUUGACGGCGAUUGCCUUCCGAUGAAGGCUGGAACUGAGCGAGAGAGACACAAGCGAAGGGAGGAGGGAAAACGACGCGCACAGCAGUACCUUCGGAACGGGCAAAAGACGAAAGCAUACGAGCAGUUUCAAAGCUGUGUUGAUGUCACCCCGAGAAUGGCCGCUGAGCUUAUCAAACUGUUGCGCAAAGAGAACAUCGAAUGCAUAGUAGCUCCUUACGAAGCCGACGCGCAGAUCGCAUAUCUGUUGGACAAGGGAUUUGCCAGUGCGGCAAUCACAGAAGAUUCGGAUUUGCUGGUGUUUGGCUGCGAGAGGGUCAUCUACAAACUGGACAAGGAUGGAAACGGGGUAGAACUCAAGCUGAUCGACUUUGGGAACGUGCCUGGAAUGGAGAGCUGGUCCCAUCGCCGGUUCCGUCAAAUGUGCAUCAUGGCAGGUUGCGAUUACCUGGAAUCGCCAAAAGGGAUCGGGUUGAAGACUGCUUACACUCUGUUACGACACAAGAGCGCCGAAGAAGUGAUGAAACUGUGGAAGUGGGGCAGGGCUGCCAAUGCGCCAAAGCGGCCCGACGGUUACGAAGAGCUCUUCCGCAUGGCAGAACUCACAUUCAUGCAUCAACGUGUGUAUGAUCCAAAAACCGAGGAGUUGGUGCAUUUGAAGCCAUUACCGUCCGAUCUGAGAGACUGCUCAGAAGCUAUGACGUUCUUGGGACCGCAUGUUCCUCCACAUCUGGCUAAAGGGGUAGCGAAUGGAUUGAUUGACCCAGAAACCAAGCGCCCGUUCGAUGAUACCCUGGACAUCUCCUUGUUCCUAAACCAUCAAUCCGUGCCCACCGAAGCAAGCUCUUCGAGCGUCGAAAUAACCACUUCAGCCGGCAUCGAAGCCACAGUCGAAGCAAUCGUUGAAGCGGAGGAGAUCGCAGCGAUUGGAUCGUUGGACACCACGGAACAAGAUUCCCCAGAUGCCGAAAGUACGCCGCCGGCGGGAAUAUUAUCCGACUCUUUCUUGUUCCCGCAACGAAGCCAGACCCCCGUGCCAAAAUCCAUUCCCAUACCUCCAGCGACAGCACUGCCAGUCUGGACCAUUUCCACGCCACCCGCUCUGCAAGAACGCACGCACACCGAAGCUCAAUCGCAAUCCCGGGUUGGCAGGCAUCACGAAAGCUCUUCUUCAACGCCUCGGCACGCACAGACGAAGAGCCCGGUACGACCGCAAUUCCAUCCUGGCACGAAUCGAGGAUCUUCCUCCGCACCUGUUCCACAUGCCAGGACGCUCUCACCACCGCGACCGCGAUCCCAACCAGGGAAGAAUCAUUACAGACCACCUGUAGCUAGUCCGUCAAUGCAAGCUCUACCCGGCAGGUUUUUCAAUCCCCCGCACGCGAAAGCACCACAUCGAAUACUAAAUUGCUCCUCGCGUGGACCACCACCUGCAAAAUUCACGCACCCCCCGAAGAAGACGGCGAGCGUCUCUCGCUUUUUCACCUCGCUUUCGGAUUUGCGUGGAGACAAUCACAGACAUCGCACCCCUUUGUCUCCAUUGGAAUUACGGAUGCAAAGCAAGCCAUCGAAUGCCAGUGAGAAAGAUCCCGACGAUGGCCACAACAAGGAGAACAUUCCACCUGAUCAACUCGUCAUUCCUAGGGCAUCAUUACCCAGACCAUCGGAUGAAACCCCGCCAAAUCCUCCCCAACAAAACUCACCGCGGCCCAGGCCGUCUGCUUCCUUGUCUCCCUCGAAACGGCCGCAUGAUUCGGACUCUUCUUCCUCUUGUGACGAGCGUCUGGCGUCGUUCAGAAAGGUCGCGGCUGGGAUGCAGAAGAUCUAUUUGCCGGGCAGUAAAGGGGGAGAUUUAGCGGCGACGGGAUCUCCGCCUAAGCGAAGAAAGUCUGCGCCUAGUGAUGAUCUUCCACCCGUCGUGAAUACGCCGGCCGUUCAAACUGAUAGCAUGCUCCCUGAUGAGGCCACGGGAUCAAAGGUAUCGGACGCCCUAUCGUCACCGACAACUCGCGAGGCUACGACACCUGUGGCUCUACACGAAUCUGUCAAUACGACCGCCAUCUUCACCCCAGGACCGUUGACCUCACGGCUUUCACAAAACACCACGCACCGAAGGCCAUCGUUUCCGACAAGUGUGUUCCGAAAGGGGCCGGUCGCGCAUGGUAUAGGGGAACGAUUGACGGAAUCGCAUGAGAAUUUCAAGCAGCACUUGAUGCAGUUUCGGCAUGUUGGUCAUGAGAGGCUUACGCCACAGAGCUCUGGUAUGUGUGCCUAUAUUGCACACGCGAGAUUAUUGUGCGGUGGAACUCACCAGUGAGGCUUUCUUGACGGCAGCGCAACGGAAGCGUUUGGGUCCAGGACGACCGAACGAACACCAAUGAUGAUUUCGGGGGGAACCACUUUUGCCAUGUACUGUAGGGGGAGGAUAUUCUGAGGCGGCAACAUGAAUGGUUAUCUGACCCGGGCUUGAAGAGGGACUUUAUUACGCAGAUAUGCUCUUCAGAUUGUUAAUAUACAGAAUAGGGAGACUAAUAUCAUUUCUGACAUUCAUUAUU